AUGUCCUACUACACCAUCCCUAUCUACGACCUUACCAUAUCCACCUACGUCCCGACCCCCGCCCCCCUCCCCAACACGUACUUCCUCCCCCCUCCGCCCGCCACCCCCAACGCCCACCUCCGCACCCGCGCCGCCUCCGCGCCCCCCCGCCUCCAAGGCAACCCCGCCGCUCGCGCCAUCCACAACGUCCCCGCCACCCACCGCGCCCACUUCUUUGUCCCCGCCGACAUCUCCCUGUGCCGGCUCCGCACGGCAUGCAACUACCUCAAUAUCCCCUACACCGCCAGCUGCACCAUCGGCUCCCUGGCUUCCCGGCUUGUGGUGCGCAUGUGGCGACUGCAGCCACUCCCGCAUCGUGUGUUGUCGGCGGAGCCGCUGGAUGGCUUUUGGACCGUGCCCAGGAGGAUCAUGAGUCAGAGGGGCGAGGGGCCGUAUUUGUGGGGGGCCGUGCCGCUGCCGUGUCAGGAGAUGGUGAGGUAUGGGCCUGUCGAGGAUGCGAGUGAUAGGGAGGAUUUGGAGUCGAGUGGGAGGGGGAGUAUGGGGGGGAGUGAGGAGGCGUAUAGUAGUGAUCCGGACGAGGGCAGUGAGCACAGUGGGGAGAGCGGGGACAGCGGGGAUAGUGAGGUCGGUAAAGGCAGCCAGGACGGCGAAGGAAGCCAGGACAGCGAAGGCAGCCAGGAGAGCGAAGGCAGCCAGGACGGUGAAGGCAGCAAGAAAUCAAAUUCAGAGGACGGGGAGGAGCACCACGAAACCAAUGCCGGUGAAGGUGGUGGUGAUGAUCACGAUGAUCCUCUUAAAGUUGAGGGUGGUGACCAUUCCCCAACUUCUGACAACGCCAACGACGACGACAACGACAACACCGGCAACGACAACGACUAUGAUCUCUACGAAUCCCCGGGAGAAAUCGAGAGCUACGUAUACACCGACGGCAUCUCCCCCGCUCCCGAGGACACCCUCCAGAACCGUGCUCCCAAUACUUUCAGCAGACUCUAUAUCCUCCAAGAGCAGCUCCAGCACCUCUCACGGGCGUGGGAUCACCUCGAAACGUUCGUUCCCAACGUGAACGCGCAGGCGCAGUACAGGACCUUCAAUGUCGUCAACGGCGCCGUAGACACGUCCCAGGAUGUGGAUGACGAGUGGAGUGAGCUUAUGGCGGACAUUGAUCGCACCCGCGGUGCCUUCAACGAGCCGCGGGCGAGGCUUACGGAUGCGUGUGGUCCGACGUGGCAGCAGUCGCUUGAUGGUAUCGUGGAGGAGGAGGAAGAGGAGGAUGGGGAGGACUGGGAUAGGGAUGGGAGGACGGUGACGCACUAUUGUGAUGCGUGGGAGCGGCCGGUGCAGCAGACGCAAGACGUAGCACCACCAGCACCCGCGGCGGAAUCGUCUUCUGCGCCUUCUGAGUCUGCUAUGCCCACAAAUGUGGACGUCGUGCAGGAUAUUGAGAUGCAGAACGAUAGCCUGCACAACCUCGAGAGGAGUGGUUCUGUGCAUGGAGUUCAUAUUACAAGGAUUUCGGCCGCGCUGGAGAAAGAUUUGAGGCGGAGACAGAAGGCAAGGCUUUUCAAGAAGGAUACGUGGCUCUCGCCGCCGGAGUUGGACUAUGUGGGGGUUGUGAGGAGGCGUGUAUGGGGGUCUCUCGAGCCGCAGGAUGGGGCGGAGGUGCCAUUUUUGAGGUUGCCGUCGCCGGGGAUGGAGGUUGGGGGGAGUGGUGGGGGCUUGUGGGAGGUAGAGUGGAAGUGGAGGUUGUGGUUGUGGUUGUGGUUGUAG